GUCGAUGGUUUCUCUAAGAAGCUUCAUUCAGAUUAAAAACACCAAAGUCUGUUUGUCGUACUCUUUACGUGUUGUUUAGUUUAAGGUUAACUGAAGAUCUCAGAGCUUUAUCAUCGAACUUUGAUUGUGUCGUUGAACUUUUCUAACACUGCAGAUCAAUCCUUUGAACAAUUUCAGAAUCAUGGAUGUGGAUUCGAUUGCUCACGACAUCCAUCCCUGCUACGACCUGCGUAACACAACAUUUAUGUUUGCAGGUCACCCUUCCGUAGCGUGCGUUCUGGUUUAUGUUUUUCUCGGUUUGCUGUCUUUCGCAACAAUAUGUGGAAACCUAGUCGUCAUCAUCGCCAUCAUUUACUUCAAACAGCUGCACACUCCUACAAACUACCUCAUCCUCUCUCUGGCUGUGGCCGAUCUCCUCGUCGGCAUCUUAGUCUUUCCUUUCAGCAUGGCCUUCACCGUUACCUCCUGCCUGUUCACCAACGACUUUUUCUGCCAAAUCCGCGACAGCUUUGACGUGGCUCUGUGCACCUCUUCCAUUCUAAACUUGUGUUGCAUAUCCAUAGACAGAUAUUACGCCGUGUGUCAGCCUCUUACAUACACGGUUAAAAUGAGUGUUCCAGUCACAGCUGGUAUGAUUCUGGUGACUUGGGCCAUCUCUGUGCUCAUAGGGAUCGGGAUAAUUGUUGCAGGAUUCAGCCAGGGGACGUGCGAGGACACAUGCUCAGUUGAUGUUGUUUUGGCAAACACUAUGGGACCCGUCUUCUCAUUUUAUGUGCCAGCUGUAAUAAUGGUCUCUAUCUACUUUAAAAUAUUCCUUGUUGCUCUGCAACAGGCCAAAAGCAUCCAGAGCUCCAUGUCCAGAGCUGGAGCCGUCAGUAAGAUGGAGAAAAAGGCCACCAAGACUCUAGCCACUGUUAUGGGCAUCUUCCUUCUAUGUAUGACGCCUUAUUUUCUGUGCAUAGUCUUUCAAUCUCUGGCCCAAUACCCCCCACCUACCCCUGUGAUAGAGGCAUUAAACUGGCUCACUUUGGCAAAUUCAAUGUUGAAUCCACUGAUUUACGCUUUCUUUUACAAGUGGUUCAGAAGUGCUUUCAAAGUUGUGGUUUCUGGAAAAAUACUGCAAGGCAAUUUUAGUAACACUACCUUAAUGUGA